AAACUUCAUACUUCUCGUCAUAUUUCUUAACUUCCAUUCUCUCUUUCAGGCUGUUUGUCUCUUUGCAGUGAGAAAGUGUUCUCUUUGUUUAUUUUAUAUUGGUAGCAGCGUUGUCGUCUCAAUUAGCUAGAUUGACAUUCCAUUACUGAGUUAAUUAACAUGAGACCGCCUGGUCCUAGUGGCCCUGGGGGACCGCCGCCUCCUGGUCCUGAUGGUCCGCCGCUUCCAUUGCCAGGUUUCUUCAGUGGCUUUUGCAGCGUCAUAUCCUCUUGCCUCUAUGCUAUAUGCUGUUGCUGGUUGAUACAAGACUGCUUUGGUGGUCCGCCUGAGCCAGCUCCACCUCCUGGUCCUGGUCCUCUUGACGGGCCACCAGGACCACCUGCUCCAGUUCCUCUUCCACCCUUUCCUCCAGCUCCAGCUCCAGCUCCAGCGCCUCCUCCACCUGGUCCUUUCGGUGGUCCACCCGGACCCCCUGGCGGUCCACCAGGACCACCACCUCCUUGAUACUGUGGCUCCAUAAACAUUAAUUACGAAUGUACGUCUGUUCACUAACCAACAAAGUAUAAUGUUCUCAAAAGAGCAUAUUCUGUCCAUUUCAUUUUCUCUCUUUUUUUUUCUUUUUUUUUUUCUAGGUUAAUAAGGAGUGUUCAUCAAUUAUUAAAAUUUGGUAUGUCAAGUUAUCAACAUUCGUAGGAGGUUAAGAAAAAAAAGCCAACCAUGUUGCGUGGUAUGGGCUUAGUGGUAUGGCUUGCAAGUCAUAGCUUUAAGUUUGAUCAUUGACUUUCAUCCCUUUUCUCUCAGAAUCUGUAUUGUAAUGUUAUUACUCUUAUUCAAGAAAGAAAAACAAUUGAUUGAUAUAUGAAACUUCUAUUUAUUAUGAAUUUUUAUUAUUAGUGAAUGCUUCACCUUCACAUUCAUCUCUUUCAUAUUGUAACUCCUCACAAUUAAAAGUUUAAUUCUCAC